AUGGUAAAGAGAGCAAUAGUAAGAAGAUUUCCCGUAAUAAUGAUGGCAGAUGAAACUGUAAAGGCACAACACCACACAAUGGCUUCUCGUUUAGACAGAACAGUGUUUAAUGGCGUAAGUGCCGACGAUGCGUUGUUCGAAAGGUUUUUCAUCUCCGAUUUUUCGCCGGUUUUCACGAAAUUCGCUCCAUACUUCAGUGAACCAGCUCUGUGGUCGCCUGUUAUGACUUGAUCACGUAGCGGAAGACUUAACGAACACGUAUGAUGAUGGAAUAUGGAAGUCUGUUGGUUGACUCAAAUGCAGUAUCUAUUACUGUUGACGGAACUAACUACACAGUACUGUGUAGUAUAAAUGAACCACUCCAUAAGUACAUUGCAUUAAUUUGCUAAAUUUCGCUGAUACGCUUCCGAGUUAAGAUUAAAACUGAUUAUCAGAAAGAUAUGGAAUGGGAACCGUUUACCAUAACUUACCCUAAGAUUGACAAGAUAUAUACAAUUUCGUAAAAUUAAAAAUUCGCAAUUACAAUAUUUGUUUUGUCCUAAUUUUCUGUGGAACUGAAGGAUGUCUUAAUUGUUAAUACUUAUCGAAAAGCUUCUGUUUGGCCAGAUCUCCAAACAAAUCCGUCAGUUUGACAUUUUUGCUGUCCAUAUCAGCUAAUUUGUGCAAAUUAAAGACUUAGAUCUCCUGUUUGGAGUCCUCUAAGCUUAGAUCCGUUAAGGUGAUUUGCGUUUUAAUCGUAAAAGAGGAUGAUGUUUAGUCCCACGAAACUGUUUCAAGUGGUUUUUUUUCAACAGGAUAAAAACUGAUCCAUGUAAUUAUGGAGCGUUAUUAGGGUCAAAUUUAGAAAACAAAUUAUGUUAUGGUGUUUGAUAUUUCAUUCGGCCGAACUACAGAAUUAUGUUCCAGCGUUGCAUGGAAUUAUGUUCGGCUCUUUUAACUUGUGUUGGGAGUAUUUCACUUAUAACUAGGCUGGCAGUUUUUUUGAGUUUAUUCCGAUUUUGUUCGGCUCCUCCGAAUUAUGUUCGGAACGCGGCUACUCGAAUUAUGUUCGGCAAGUAGACUGGUAGCCUCGCGAUAAGAAAUUCACGAGGAGUCCCGGGGCGAGAAACAUUUCCCGCGCUCUCUAUAAUUUAUUCUAAUUAUUACCAGUGUUCGUGUACUGUUCUGUCGAACAUGGCGGACAACAAACGUGGAAGAGGAAACCAGAAAAAAAAACCAAGAAAAUCGAAACGAAUGCAAAAGUGCUAAAGCAAUUAAACUUCUACGGGAAGUUACCUCGCUUCUCAGUGAGGGUGAUAGCGAACCAUAUCAACCGGCAGCUGAACAGAUUAGUCAAGCAAAUGUUUCUGGAAUCCGAGUGCAAGACAGAAUCUAUUGAUAUUGUAAACAAGGGCGUGAGCGGUGAAACCACUGACGAAAUGAACGCUCGACUUCCUGAGGUUUUGGACGAGGGUGGCCCGUUCGACAUAGUGAUCAUCCUGGGAGGCACAAACAACCUCGGCAUGCGUCUUGAUGAGGACGGAGAGCCUUUAUUCAGUCGUUUGAGAUCGCUGCACGAGCUAGCUCUUCGGCAUUCUCCUCUAUCAGUGGCUGUGACUGUCCCGGAAACCGGUUACGAAACUAUGGAUGGGUACACUGUCGUCAGAGAGAAACGAUUGCAAGUGAACGCGCUUUUAAAGAAUUUUGUACAACAAUGUGGAAGUAAAAUGCUUGUCUCCGACCUGGCUACAAAGUUACCGCGGGAAUCGCUGAGUGAUGAGGAUCGUAGAACACUUUGGGCAGAUCAUCUUCAUUUUUCUCCAGUGGGAUACGAUAGAAUGGGUGAAAUAAUAUUUGAGGAUAUAAGGCAUUGCCUUUCUAAAAUUUUGAACGCAUGA